UCUUCAACUGGGCCAAACAAACGAGAAUCUGGACAUCACCGACUUGAUGCUGGCUUUCUUCUUCGACUCCAUUGCUUGGACCUUAAAAAUUCUUGUGAUUUUUGUAUUCAAAGUUAGAAGAAAUCAGGACCAUUCUCGUUGAUUUUCCAGGAUUAAAUCGGUGGGAGGGAGAUUUAUCCCAAAUCUGCUUCCAGUGCUUCGGAAUUCUGCUGCUGGAUCUUACUUCACUUCACUUUACUUCUACUCAAUCAAUCGUUGCUCCAUUUCUACUCCAGAAUGAAAUUAUGGCUAUCGCAAAAUUUGGGCGGCAAGUAAAGCGUUCGUAUCAUUCAUACGGGUUUUGUGUGAAAUUGUCGUCGGCUGUAGCUUUGGGUCUCUGUUUUGUAUUAGUAUGGUCUGUAUUUUCGAAGUUUUCCGUGACUUCACAAAGGGAAACUUUCGAUGAUAUUUCUGAGCCAGUAUCUGCAUCAAAUUGGAAGCCCUCUGAUUCCCAAGCUCGUGCUGACAAAAUUGGAUUGGGAAAGGAGCACCAAGAUGAUGGCCAUGGAUUGGAUGAAAAAAACAACAAAAUUGCCAAUAGUACUGUGCCAUUGGAAGCUGAGCAGAGGCCAAAACAUUCCAAAGAAAAUGAUGAUGGAGCUUCAAAAAUGUCUACAAGGACUGAUGUAAAGGGAAAUCAAGAAAUCAAGGGAUCCGAGGCCGAAGAGGUGAUAAAGGAUAAAGGGGAUGAUGAAGGGAACGAUGAUAAAGAAGCCGAAGAUGUUGAUAAUGAAGGCAAUGCAAAUGAGGAUACCGAAGGAAAUGCUGAUUUGAUUGAUACUGAAGUGGAUCAGGAGAGUGUUGAUGAAGAUAAUGAAGGUUCACAGAAUGUUAAAAAGAAUAAGAAGAACUUGGUUCCAUUAUUCGAUCCAAAAGCACAAUAUACUUGGAAAUUAUGCAACACAAGAAGCAAGCAUAACUACAUACCUUGCAUUGACAUGGAAAUUACUUCAAAAAGGUUUCGGAGUCAUCGGCAUAGGGAGAGAAUUUGCCCUAAAUCAUCUGUUAUGUGUCUCGUUCCCCUUCCCCAAGAUGGUUACGGAGAUCCAGUGCACUGGCCAGAUAGUAAGACCAAGAUUUUAUACAAAAAUGUGGCACAUUCAAAACUAGCUGCAUAUAUUAAGACACAAGAUUGGUUGAUAGAAUCGGGAGAGUAUCUCACGUUCCCACAAGAUCAAUCUGUCUUCAAGGGUGGAACUCAGCACUACCUCGAAUCUAUAGAAGAGAUGGCACCCGACAUUGAAUGGGGAAAGAACAUUCAUGUUGUUCUAGAUAUGGGAUGUAAAGAUUCAAGCUUUGUGUCGACUCUACUCGAAAAAGAUGUGUUUGCUGUUACACUUGGCCUAAAAGAUGACCUUGUGGACCUAGCACAAGUUGCCCUCGAGCGUGGUUUCCCCGCACUUGUUAGCCCUUUCGCGACUAGGAGGCUUCCAUUUCCAAGUGGAGUAUUUGAUGCAAUUCACUGUAGUGAAUGUGGUAUCUCUUGGCAUCAAAAUGAUGGUAAGCUUAUCAUUGAGAUGAAUCGGAUACUGAGGCCGGGAGGGUAUUUCAUUUUAUCGACCAAGCGUAGUAGCCUUGAAGCUGAAGAAGCUUUGUCGAAACUGACAUCAUCGAUCUGUUGGAACAUCCUGGCUGAUAAAACCGAUGAGGUCAGUGACAUAGAUGUCAAGAUAUAUCAAAAGCCACAAGAGAAUCAGAUAUACCAGCUCCGUAGGAAGAAAACACCACCGAUAUGUAAGGAAAAUGAAAAUCCAGAUGCUGCCUGGCACACUCCAAUAAAGACUUGCCUGCACAAAAUUCCUGAAGCCAUCGAACAGCGAGGGACUGAGUGGCCGGCAGAAUGGCCUAAGAGGCUUCAUACGUUUCCUGAAUGGAUGAACGACAGAGAGAAAUUGGUUGCUGACAGUGAACACUGGAAAGCUAUUGUAAGCAAGUCUUACUUGAUAGGAAUGGGGAUCGACUGGUCAAGCAUCCGGAAUGUAAUGGACAUGAAAGCCAUAAAUGGAGGAUUCGCUGCUGCACUUUCAGACCAGAAAGUUUGGGUGAUGAAUGUUGUCCCUGUACAUGCCCCGGAUACACUUCCAAUACUUUUUGAGCGGGGGCUUGCCGGCGUUUAUCAUGACUGGUGUGAAUCUUUUGGUUCAUAUCCAAGAUCUUAUGACCUUCUGCACGCAGAUCAUCUCUUCUCGAGGCUCAAGAACAGAUGCAAGCAGGCAAUUGUAAUUGUUGUUGAGAUGGAUCGCCUACUAAGGCCCGGUGGCUGGGCAAUUAUACGCGAUAAAGUAGAGAUCCUAAAUCCUAUAGAAGACAUUCUGAGAAGCCUACACUGGGAGAUUCGAAUGACUUUUGCACAAGACAAGGAAGGCAUCCUCUGUGCCCGAAAGACCAUGUGGCGGCCCUGAUAGGCUUCCUUACACCGGCGCUGCGCAUACGAUCAAUUUUGCAUUCAUUGUGAAAGGGUGAGUCUUGUUCUUUCAUUGUAAUGUUUCUCCACAUUUUAUUACUAACUUGAGAAUCACUUGUUGGUAAUAUUAUUCAUCAAAGGGUGGACUGAAAUUGAUUAAUGUAUAGCAAAUAUGUUUUAAUGUAAUCUGGUUUUGUUUUCUCUUCUCACA